ACAGCCCAUACUAAUGCAUUCCCAGUGCUUCCAGUGCUUGCAUCAGAGUGAAGGCUGUGAGCUCGUCAAACUCUAAGCUGCCAGUGGCACAUUUCCUGUUGUUGACAGGCGAGGAGCAUAGCAGAGGCUGCACUGAGCUGCGUGUAGGGACUCGCAUUUUAUCAGCUGGAGUGCACACAGACACACGCAGAGAGCACCCUUUCACAGGAAGAGCUGCUAUCACUUCUCAGAUACACAGACGCAGAGGAAGCACUGACACUGAACCUCUUACCAACGGCCCAGAAACAGGAGCUGCUCCACAGAUGGACUGACUCCUUCCAUCCAGAGUUUGACUGAUGAAAACAAGUGGGAUCUGCUUUGUUGUUUUCACCUGAUCUGAGUGUCUACCUGGGAAGUGUUAUGGUUUUGUUCUACGUGGGAUCGGAUAAAACCUCAUCUACAGUCAUGCAGCCUGAGGACCCUGUUCGCCAGGACAUGCAGUUCUACUAUGUGGGCGACCAUAUGUGGGCCACCAUGCUGGGGCAGAGCGUGAAGCUUCAGCCGGUUUCCAUCCAAAGCCUCUCAGAGCUGGAAAGAGCACGUCUGCAGGAGGUGGCCCUUUACCACUUGGAAAGAAGAGACCUAGACUUUAAGAUCAGCAUCCCUAGAGAGAUUCGUAAGAGGAGGAAAUCACUACGGAGAAAGUUUGACUCCUUCUCAAAAGAAAAGAAAGAGCGAGAGUCUGCGCCCAAAGCAUUCGGUAUCCCGCUCGCCCAGGUCAUCGCAAACGACCGGGCAUACAAGCAACGGCAGGAUGCCCUGAAAGAGAGCCGACGGGACUGCCUGGACCUGGAGGCCAGUGUUCUUCACUUCCGUGCCGAGAAAUGGCAGCACAAUGCAAACCGGCCGCUGGGCAAUACAGCCUUAUCACCUGAUGCUGCCUCCUCACCAGCACUGGAGGCCCACAGCAAACCUCCCUCAUCAGCGUUCAUGGACAACACCUCACGCACACACAGACGGGGAGGGAUGUCUGUGGACUCCAUCUCUGAUAUGGUUGAGAGUCAGUCCAGACUACUUGAAGCUCUGCAGCUCUCUCACCCUAAUGAGCUGGAGCUGAAAAAGGCUGCCGGUCACACACAGGCCAAACUCAGUCUCAAUCCCAUCUACAGACAAGUUCCCCGAGUGGUAGAGCGCUGCUGUAACCACAUUGAGACCUACGGGUUACAAACUUUGGGGAUUUUUCGUGUAGGCAGCUCCAAAAAAAGAGUCCGUCAACUGCGCGAGGACUUUGACAUGGGGAUAGAUGUCGCGUUAGACGAAGAGCACAGCGUUCAUGAUGUGGCUGCAUUACUGAAGGAGUUUCUGAGGGACAUGCCUGACCCCCUGUUACCACGAGAACUCUACCGGGCCUUCCUGCACGCUAACUUGUUGAGAGGGGCAGAUCAGUUGACAUACCUGCAGCAGUUGUUGUACCUGUUGCCGCCCUGUAAUUGUGACACCCUGCUGAGGCUCUUGACGCUUCUUCAUACAGUACAGGAGAAUGCAAACAGCUCCACUGGGCCAAACCAGCAGGAG